GAGUUCUCUCCAGAGGAGUGGAAAUGCCUAGACUGUGCUCAGUGGAAUUUGUAUAGGGAUGUGAUGUUGGAGAACUACAGAAACCUUGUUUCCCUGGGUCUUGCUGUCUGUAAGCCAUAUCUGGUCACAUUUCUGGAGCAAAGAAAUGAGCCUGGAGCCACAUAUUCAGAGAGCCUUUGGAAAUAUAACACAUCUGUGGAAGAUGUUGAUCAACUAACCAUCCAUCACGAUGUCCAUAUUCAAGAAAAGUCUUACAAACAUAGAGAAUGUAGAAGUGCUUUUAUUGAUUCAACCUGUGACCACCAUCAGAGGGUUCAUGAAGAUAAGCUCUAUAGAUGUAAAGAUUGUGGAAAAGCCUUUAAAUAUCAUUCAACCUUUACUGUACACCAAAUAAUUCACACUGGAACAAAACCAUUCAAAUGUAAAGAAUGUGGCAAAGCUUUCAAUAGAAGCACAAACCUCACUCGACACCAGGUAACUCAUAAAAGACAGAAACCAUACAAAUGCCAACUGUGUGACAAAGCCUUCAACAAAAGUACAAACCUCACUCGACACCAGAUAACUCAUAAGAGAGAGAAGCCAUACAAAUGUGAUGAAUGUGGCAAAGCCUUUCAUGCAUGUUCAGUUCUUACUCAACACCAGAUGAUCCAUACUGGGGAGAAACCCCACAAAUGUAAAGAAUGUGGCAAAACCUUUAAAUACCCAUCAAUUCUUACUCGACACCAAAUAGUUCACAGUGGAGCAAAACCUUAUAAAUGUAAAGAAUGUGGCAAAGACUUCAAUAGUAAUACAAACCUCACUCGACAUCAUAUGAUUCAUUCAGGGGAGAAACCAUACAAAUGUCAUGAAUGUGGCAAAGCUUUUACGACAUACUCAAUCCUCACUCAACACCAAAUAAUUCAUACAGGGGAGAAACCCUAUAAAUGUGAUGAAUGUGGCAAAGCCUUUAAAUAUCACUCAACACUUUUUCAGCACCAUAUAAUUCAUACUGGGGAGAGACCCUACAAAUGCCAAGAAUGUGGAGAAACCUUCAGUCGUCGAGGAACACUUACUCAACACCAGAUAAUCCACACAGAAGAGAAGCCCUACAAAUGUAAAGAAUGUGACAAAACCUUUAAGUGUUCUGCAUACUUGAUCCAACAUAUGAAAAUUCACUGGGAAGGGCUGCCUUAUAGAUGCAGAGAAUGUGAUAAACGCUUUAAAUGUUCCUCACAGCUUAAUGAGCAUCAGAGAAUUCAUACUGGAGAGAAGCCCUAUGUGUGUAAACAAUGUGGCAAGGACUUUAUCCGUUCUUCGGAUCUUACCAAACAUCAAAGAAUCCAUACCGGAGAGAAACCCUAUAGAUGUAAGGACUGUGGAAAAGCCUAUUACUGUUCUUCACAGCUUAAUCGGCAUCAGAUAAUUCAUACUGGAGAGAGACCCUAUAGUUGUCAAGAUUGUGGCAAAGCCUUUAAUAAUCGCUCAACCCUUUCUCUACAUCAGAAAAUUCAUUCUGGAGAGAAGCCCUAUAGUUGUAAGGAAUGUGGUCAAGCCUAUUACUGCUCUUCACAACUUAAUCGACACCAGAAAAUCCAUACUGGAGAGAGACCAUAUGUAUGUAAAGUAUGUGGCAAAGAUUUUGUCACUUCCUCAAACCUUAAGCGGCACCAGGAUAUUCAUACUCGAGUGAAGCCCUAAUAGUGCAAAGAGUGGCAAACCUUUGAUAGUAGAUCAGCCAUUACUCAGCACUAGGUAAUUCAUACAGGAGACAAACCCUAGAUGUGCCAGGAAUAUGGUGAAGUCUUUAGCAUUUGCACUUUACUUGACACUGAUAGACUCGUACAUGAGGGAAAUACUAGAAAUGUAGGGAUUAUGCCAGAAGCCUAACACCUAAGUAUCCAUGUUGGAAAGGCAUCUUCAAGGCCCAUCAUACAGCUCCCAGAACAACCAGACAUUUAGCAUUGAAAUACUAUUACAAAUAUAAAGAAUAUAUUGAAAUAAUUGCCUGUGUCUUAAAUCUUACAUAAAAGGCUUAGUGUAUGGGAGUCUUACAAAUAUGCAAAAUAUUACAAAACCUUGGACUCCUGGUUAUAAUGUACUAGACAUCGUUAGUUGAUCUGAUUGAAAGAAAUAGAUGAUGAUUGGUAGGUAUCUCUUAAAGGAUGUAAAUUUGUUAAAAAUCCAAAUUUACAGUUGGGUGUGGUACUGCAUGCCUUUAAUCCCAGCACUCAGGAGGCAGAAAUAGGAGGAUUGCCAUGAGUUUAAGGUCACCCUGAGACUACAUAGUGAAUUCCAGGUCAACCUGGGCUAGAA